CCACAUCUCUUCCCAUCAAUCACUCCCCCUCCACUUCGCAUGCAAAACGUCUUCAACGAAAGUAACUUCUCUUUAUCUUUCCUUUCUUUCCUUUCCCUCUUCCUCUUCUAUUCUGUUUUUCCUUUUUUUCCUUUUUCUCUCUUCCUCACUUUUUAUCUCCUCUGUUCUAUAUUUCUGUUCCCUUAACUCCAAGCUUAUCGGCCAUUUUUCAGUCUUCAGACGACUCUUUUAUAUAAGUUGGGAAAGGAAUUCUUCUCCCUCCUUCCUUUUUCAUCAAGUACUCUUUCUUCUACCAAACACCUCCACCAUUGAAGCUCCAAAAAAAUUAAAAAGACAUGGGAGAUGAAGAGAAAGGAAUCCAAAGUGCAGCAGACAUGCCCAUGCAAGUCAAUGAGGCCACAACGACAAGAAUGUUCCCUUGCCACUUUUGUUCCAGAAAGUUUUGCAGUUCUCAAGCUUUGGGAGGCCAUCAAAAUGCCCACAAGAAAGAGAGAACAGCAGCAAGAAAGGCUCAGAGGGCUGCAGAGUACAGACUAUGCAGUUUGGCUUCAUCUCCCCAACAUUCUCUUCCUCCUACACCUCCACCACCUGCACUAGUUUUGGCUCCAAACCCCCAUGUUGGCCUUCUUAAUCCUUCCAUGUACAUCACUGCACAUGCUGGCAGCAUUGGCUAUUUCCCUUGUCAUCAUAAUUUCUCUGAUCAGUUUGGACCCAAUGGUGCACUAAGGUUUGGUCCUGUGGUCUGCAAUGGUGGUGUUGGCCCUUCUUCAACUUCUCCUUACCUAUGUGGAGAGGAUGAAGAGAGCAUACUUAGGUGGCAGAGGAGCUUAAAACGCCCCUCCAGUGGUGGUGGAGGUCCAUCCAAUUCCUUGGAGAAUCAGAACCCAAGCCUUGAGAUUGAUGAUAAGGAUGAUGAAAAGAAGCUUGAUCUGACUUUGCAUUUAUAAGCAUUGGAGAAACCCAAUGUCUCAAUUCAUGUGAAGAAUAGUAAGAAAUGAAUGAAAUCUUUUUUCUCCAAGA